GACAGGAAGAAUUUUCGAUUUACUGUGAGCAAGAUAAAGAGCAGCAAGCUGUAGCUAAAGCCUUUAUGGCUCAAGGGUCUGUCAGAUUUAAUAAGUUGUAGAAAGUCUGAGAGGUUCGAUAGGGUGAAGGCUGUUCUCCCCUUAAAAGAAGUCUACAGCGGGAGAGCUUCGGGGUUUGUGUUCCUUGUAAAUACCAACUACUUUCCGGGCUGGCGGCGGGGGUAGAAACGCCCGCAGCGGAAAGGGCAGAGCGUUGGUACACAGCGGGGGAUUGGUGCUCGCUUACCCCGGAAGUGCUGUUGCGGUAGAGCUUUGCCUUCCGGGUUAGAGUGGCUGUCGUUGCAGCAGCUGUAGGAAGGGGAGGCCAUUUUCCAUUUCUGGGAGGAGUGAGGGGCAGGGGUGGGAGAAGAAGAAGGAAAAGGGCUCAGCGCCUCCCCGCCGGGCCCAGGACAGAGGGGCAUUUUCGGCUGGCGGGUGAGGUCGCUGAGAGCCCGAAGAGAUGUUUUCCCUGUCGAGCACGGUGCAACCCCAGGUUACAGUUCCUCUGAGUCAUCUCAUCAAUGCCUUCCAUUCACCAAAAAAUACGUCUCUUUUUGUCAGUGGAGCAUCAGUUUCUCAAAACCAGCAUCGAGAUGUAGUUCCUGAGCAUGAGGCUCCCAGCAAUGAGCCUGCACUUAACUUAAGGGACCUUGGAUUAUCUGAAUUAAAAAUUGGACAGAUUGAUCAACUGGUAGAAAAUCUACUUCCCGGAUUUUGUAAAGGCAAAAACAUUUCUUCCCAUUGGCAUACAUCUCAUGUUUCUGCACAGUCUUUCUUUGAAAAUAAAUAUGGUUACUUAGAUAUGUUUGGUACUUUACGUUCCUCUUGCUUAUACAGACAUCAUUCAAGAGCUUUUCAAAGCAUCUGUUCAGAUCUUCAGUACUGGCCAGAGACUCCCGGUUUGAGCUGUGAUGACAAAAAAAGAAACAAGACAGUACCCCAGCUUACUUUGGUUUUGAAUCAUACAUACAUUGAAGUUUUUAUACAGUCUCGAGGUUUUAAAACUUUGAAAUCAAGGACACGACGUCUACAGUCCACCUCUGAAAGAUUAGCUGAAACACAGAAUAUAGCACCAUCAUUCGUGAAGGGGUUUCUUUUGCGGGACAGAGGAUCAGAUGUUGAGAGUUUGGACAAACUAAUGAAAACCAAAAAUAUACCUGAAGCUCAUCAAGAUGCAUUUAAAACUGGUUUUGCAGAAGGUUUUCUGAAAGCGCAAGCAUUAACACAAAAAACCAAUGAUUCCCUAAGACGAACCCGUCUGAUUCUCUUUGUUCUGCUCCUAUUUGGCAUAUAUGGACUUCUAAAAAAUCCAUUUUUAUCUGUCCGUUUCCGGACAACAACAGGGCUUGAUUCUGCAGUAGAUCCAGUCCAGAUGAAAAAUGUCACCUUUGAACAUGUAAAAGGAGUGGAGGAAGCUAAACAAGAAUUACAGGAAGUUGUUGAAUUCUUGAAAAAUCCACAAAAGUUUACUGUGCUGGGAGGUAAACUUCCAAAAGGCAUUCUUUUAGUUGGACCACCAGGGACAGGAAAGACACUUCUUGCCCGAGCUGUGGCAGGAGAAGCUGAUGUUCCUUUUUAUUAUGCUUCUGGAUCAGAAUUUGAUGAGAUGUUUGUGGGUGUGGGAGCCAGCCGUAUCAGAAAUCUUUUUAGGGAAGCGAAAGCAAAUGCUCCUUGUGUUAUAUUUAUUGAUGAAUUAGAUUCUGUUGGUGGGAAGAGAAUUGAAUCUCCAAUGCAUCCAUAUUCAAGGCAGACUAUAAAUCAGCUUCUUGCUGAAAUGGAUGGUUUUAAACCCAAUGAAGGUGUCAUCAUCAUUGGAGCCACAAACUUCCCAGAGGCAUUAGAUAAUGCCUUAAUUCGUCCUGGUCGUUUUGACAUGCAAGUUACAGUUCCAAGACCAGAUGUAAGAGGUCGAACGGAAAUUUUAAAAUGGUAUCUCAAUAAAAUAAAGUUUGAUCAGUCGGUUGAUCCAGAAAUCAUAGCUCGAGGUACUGUUGGCUUUUCUGGAGCAGAGUUGGAAAAUCUUGUGAACCAGGCUGCAUUAAAGGCAGCUGUUGAUGGAAAAGAAAUGGUAACAAUGAAGGAACUAGAGUUUUCGAAAGACAAAAUUCUAAUGGGGCCUGAAAGAAGAAGUGUGGAAAUUGAUAACCAAAAUCAAACCAUACACCAAUCUGGUGGUGCUAUUAUUGCAUAUUGCACAGAAGAUGCGACACCUAUCAACAAAGCUACAAUCAUGCCCCGAGGGCCAACACUUGGACAUGUGUCUCUGUUGCCUGAGAAUGACAGAUGGAAUGAAACUAGAGCCCAGCUGCUUGCACAAAUGGAUGUUAGUAUGGGAGGAAGAGUAGCAGAGGAACUUAUAUUUGGAACUGACCAUAUUACAACAGGUGCUUCCAGUGAUUUUGAUAAUGCAACUAAAAUAGCAAAGCGAAUGGUUACCAAAUUUGGAAUGAGUGAAAAGCUUGGAGUUAUGACCUACAGUGAUACAGGGAAACUCAGUCCAGAAACUCAAUCUGCUAUUGAACAAGAAAUAAGAAUCCUUCUAAGGGACUCAUAUGAACGAGCAAAACAUAUCUUGAAAACUCAUGCAAAAGAGCAUAAGAAUCUCGCAGAAGCUUUACUGACCUAUGAGACUUUGGAUGCCAAAGAGAUUCAAAUUGUUCUUGAGGGGAAGAAAUUGGAUGUGAGAUGAUAACUCUCUUGACAUGGGUGCAUUACUGGUUUUAUCGCAAGAAUAUAAGAAACAUUAUAGUAGUCUCCUUUUGCAGUGCUUUCUCCUCCAAUUCUUGAGUUGGUGUAAUUCAAGAGUGUGAGACACUGUCUCAUUCUUUUUUCACAUUUAUCUAAUUUUGGCUACUCUCAUGAUGACACCUGUUGCAAAUUAGCAACCUAUAGCAAAUAUAUUUUAAAAAAAUAAAGAACUAUCAGGAUUCAAAAUA